AUGUCGAGAACCAACAACGGCAGUUUUGUGACGGACUUGAGCUGCCGGCAGUACAACUCGACCGAGGUGGUCAUACGAAAUUGUUCGGCUCAACACCACAGGCCCCAGACAGGCAGGUUCAAAGAUCACAAGUGCGCGCUCUUCAACGGCAACACGAGCGAGAUCAUCACGGCUGUGCUCGAGGACCACACCUUCAUGGAGAUUCGGGUCACUGCCGCCCAACACUUUGGCCGCCCGUUUGCUGUCAUCCUGUACUCGCCUACAGCCCACAUCGAAUCAGAGGUGAGCCGGUCCCAGCUUUGUCCCGACGGCUCGUUGGCUAACCACCCCGUGGACCACCAGGCUACUUCCUCUGACUCUCCCAAUUUCUUGGCGGUGACGGACACCUCCUACUGGGCCGUGCUGACCCAGGAGCAGGACAACUACCUCAACGGAGCAUUAGCCGUCUCCUUCGACGCCUCCACAUCGUCUUCUGUCGCAGGCGAUGUGCCACAGAAUGGAAUGGUGAUCACCUUCUCCUAUUCAUCAUUUGCGGUUUCGAGUAACUCGCAAGUGGUCUCCUACGACUGGCUCACACUUGUGGGCACUCUGGGCGGAGCGGCGGCGUUUGCCUGUGCCAUGCACGAGAUCGCGAUGCUGAUCUACAGCAAGUCUGUGAGUUGUUUCUGCCCUUCAAAGGUCGCUGAGGACUCGGCCCAGGCUCCAGAAGAAGAACCGUCAGUGGAAGAGUGUCCCGUGGACCACCAGGCUACUUCCUCUGACUCUCCCAAUUUCUUGGCGGUGACGGACACCUCCUACUGGGCCGUGCUGACCCAGGAGCAGGACAACUACCUCAACGGAGCUUCAGCCGUCUCCUUCGACGCCUCCACAUCGUCUUCUGUCGCAGGCGAUGUGCCACAGAAUGGAAUGGUGAUCACCUUCUCCUAUUCGUCAUUUGCGGUUUCGAGUAACUCGCAAGUGGUCUCCUACGACUGGCUCACACUUGUGGGCACUCUGGGCGGAGCGGCGGCGUUUGCCUGUGCCAUGCACGAGAUCGCGAUGCUGAUCUACAGCAAGUCUGUGAGUUGUUUCUGCCCUUCAAAGGUCGCUGAGGACUCGGCCCAGGCUCCAGAAGAAGAACCGUCAGUGGAAGAGGCGCGGAGGCUCUUUCCGCCACCAUCCGCGGGCCAGAACGUCAUCAGAGCCCGGCCCAGUGCGAGACUCGACGAAGUGUGCGCCGUCCUCGCUCCAGUCCUUCAAACGUGCUGGCGAACUGGACGAGGAGAAGGAGGACGAGCGCAGACGUACAACCACGGAGCGGCGGCCGCUGCUCAGCCGCAACAUCACAGCAGACCAACGGCCAGCCAUCAAUUGGCCAAGCACUUGCACAAGCGGUUGUAA